GCCGGCGAUCCAGAGCUCGAGGAGGUGGAGCAUUUCGACGGCAUCGAAGUGGAGCCCAGCCGCGGGUACAGCGACUACGACGGGUACACGUCCUUGUACUACGACGACGUCGAGCCGAUGGCGUGGAAGAAGUGGAAUCGAGUCUAUCUUCUCACUGAUGUGGCUGGGCGACGCGGCAUGACGGCGCUCGUGAUCGACCCAGUCGAAGGAGAGCCGGGGACCUACACGAUCGUGGAUCCGACAGGGCGUGUGCAGACCAAGGACUUGAGGGACAAGCAGAAGGUCUUCACGAGGCCCCGCGCGGGGAUCGACUGGGCUCCGUUCCCGGGCGUCACGGGGGACGAGAAGAAGGAGCUGGAGGAUGAGAGCCUCCGCAUUCGACGUCGACGUGGAGCAGGCUGGGGAGACUGGGCCCUCGGGCGCAAGAAGGCGGCCGCCAAACUGAAGCCCAAGGCGGCGGCCAAGACCGGCAAGGGGCGCAAGAGCAAUCGCUCGAACAUGGUGUACUGGAUUGCCGAGAACGCUUUCACCACGGGAGUGGCCGUCUGGACGCAUCGCACCUUCGGGGUCGUGGGCUUGGGAUGCCUUGUGGCCUACAAGGCCUGGUCGGCUCUAGGGAUCGGCGACCUGGUCAGCUCCAGCAUCGAGCGAGUCAGGGAGGUUGGCGAUUUGUUCGACGACAUGGACGAGCGGUACCAGAGCAUCCGCACCAAGUACGACGACGGCGACUACGAUCUGGCGAUCAUCGCGCUGGGGCUUCUCUUCAUUCUCCUCUUGGUGUUCUGGCCCACAGUGAGGAGUCGUCGGGCUCGCGGUCGCAAGUGGUCGAGGAUUGGAGAUGAGACCGACUCCGAUUCUUCUUCGCCUGAUGAGGGCACGGCCGCUUCGGACUCUGACGAGGACUCGUUGCGGGGCGGCCCCGACGGGGCCCUCGCCAUGCUGCUCAGCUCGCAGGCGAGCCUUCAGUCCCAGAUGGACGACCUCAAGAAGCUGAUCAAGUCCGGUGCGUCCUCCUCGGGGCCCGACGUCUUCGACCAUGGCGGCUGCGGGUUCUUCUUCGAGCGCACCGGCUCCGCCAGGCGAGAGUCGAUACAGAAGUACCUCAAGGAGCUCGAGCGUGAGUCGGACAACCCGCGCUUGAGCAUGUUGGAGCAGCUCAAGAAGUUCCAGGUCACCGAUUGGAAGAUCGGGCCCUCCGAGGCUCGCAUCGCUCCCAAGGUGCUGUCGCGCCUCUACAGGCACAACACCACCGCGACCUUCCAGGUUAAGGAGUACAUCAAGUCGAAGGAGAUGAGCACCUCGCACGUGGCGGGAGAGCUCCGCCUCCUCGCGGCCAUCCUCGACCGCAUGGUGGCGACGAAGUUCGAGAUGAUCAACUCCGAGGCGGUGGAGGUCAUCUGCAGGCGGAUCUACGGCCUCUUCCGCGCUUGGGAGCAG